AUCGCCCUUGUGUGAGCGAGUACACAGUAGUCCGAACUCCGUAAGCCAAAAACCCCUCGAAGACUCUCACACCCAUCCUAAAACCCCCGAAACCAUUCAAAAUGUCCUCCUUCGCCGCCGCCAGGUCCGUCCUCCGAUCCGCCACCGCCGCCGGUCGAACCUCCAUGGGUUCGAGGCUCGCAGCUGGAGCCAAAUCCAAACCAUCGUCUUCACCGUUUUCGAUCCCCAAGCAAAAGCAAAGUUGCCCCUCUGGUCGCACUUUCAGGUCGACUGUCGAGACGAGUCGCUGCUUGGAUUCAAUGCUUCCUUAUCACACCGCCACGGCCUCUGCAUUGCUUACUUCGAUGAUCUCCGUUUCUCGCCGGACCUGCGGUUGGACCCUUGAAGAUUGCAAUGAUGAUGUAUGAUGAAUAUCAGAAUGGUCGAGCAAAGUUAAUUGUACUUGCGCCCUAGAACAAGUUUCGUAGGUAAUGGUCAUACUCAUAAUACUGGAGUUUGCUGACUACUGAGGCUUCUAUACUGUUGAAGAGACUACUAUGAAGAUGAAUUUGAUUCAUUCAAAUCCUACCCUUUUCUGAUUUCUUUAUUUUGACUCUGAUUGUUGUUUUGUUUAGGGCUGUGAUGAUGAUUGCUCUUUUGCUCACACUUUGGAGAUUUGCCAUGUUCCAAUUCUGUUUUGUAUUAUUUUUAUCAAGUAGCAAGGAACAAUAUGGAUGAUUAUUCUAUUGGGAUGCCGUGCAUUGAUGGUACUUUUUCAUGGAUUGAAUCAGACUGUAAGAGUUGCUUGAGGCCAGUUAUAUAGCAUUUGAUGCCAAAAUUUAGAAGA